AUGUCUCUACUCUUCGUUCCCAGGCCGCGGCCUGACCAGUUCGAUUGCUCACCAUGCCACUACGAGCCCCAGGACGACCUUGAAUACGUUCCCUUAACAUCUGAUGCCCUAAAGCAAUUGGCUGCUUCGCUACCACAGCCCAUCUCUACAGUACGGUACUCUAAUCGGGAGAACAAUUAUCUAUUCUCGGACCGGGAAUCUGUGUAUUGUCCUUCCCUCUGCUCAUCACCUGCCUCUGCAACAUCAUCCACUAGAGUAUCCAUGAUUCACACUCCGGAAGAAGGUACGGAGGAAAUCUUAUUCGACGUCGCUCCUCUUUCGGUACCGCCGGAGAAUAUGGCUCCAUCCCGGCAUCAUGCCGUUGGUAAGCCGAUCGAAAAAGGCGCGAUAAACUUCGAUGCCAUGUUUGAUAUCGGUGGCGAAGCUACCUUCAGAAGAAACUCCACCGUCGACUUUCUGCCAGAGUUCGAUCAGAUCGAUGAUAACUACGUUCCUGACGAAAGGACACGAGCCAGACUGGAAGAGGAACGAGAGUUGGAGAAAGCCAGACUUCUUUGGGAGAAGGAACUUGAGGAUGACCACCCCGUCACCCAGGCACGGAAGCCGAUUAUGCCAACCUCGCUGUGGACUCCUCAGCCACGUCACAUCAUGACACCGAACUUCGUUCCUUCUCCCAGAGUCACUACUUUCGAAAUCCCCGUUUCAAAGUCUGACAUCGAGCCUUCGGAAACAUCUGAAUUCUUCCCUAAGACUCAAACAUCGUUUGGAUCCCUCGAUACAAAUCUGUCAUCGGCCACAGAUCUCACCGUCCCUUCCGUCGGUGAGGACGACUACGCAGAAGUCGACACCGAAUUCGUCGAUACCAUCUUCUCCUACCUAUCUCUCAACCAUAAUUCCAUGGCUCGCAAGUUCGAUGCAGAGCUAGCCAUCGGAUCAGGCUUCCCCAUCGACAAAGUCAGGGAAGACCGAAAAUGUGCUUUGAAGGCAUACAUUGAACGAUACAUCUUCUACAAUCCUGAAGUAUCAAUCCUAUACUAA